UCAACAAGCAACAGCUAGGGGUGACAGACAUGGUACGAUUAUGUUCAUGUUAAAUCUUUAUUUUUGAAACAGCAAAACAACAAAAAACAAAAACAAAAAAAAAAAACAAAAACAGAGGGACGCCGCUAACACAGCUCCAAGACACACUUUCCAGCGCUGUCAGGUUUAUGUGAUUUGUUUCAGCUCCGGUUUUGUGACUUUCUGACUGAGUUGAAGCUUAUGAAGUGACGAAGUUUUCUUUGCCUGCGCUGUGUCCUUUCCUAUGUCUAUGUGAGACUCAGCGUUGAUUUACUUGCUUGUAUUAUGGCAGAAGCUCCGCAGCAACAAGUCGUUGAGAUCGACCCGGAUUUCGAGCCGCUCUCCCGACCCAGGUCUUGCACCUGGCCCCUUCCCAGACCUGAAUUUAUUAACCCUGCCAACUCCAAUACUUCUUCUCCGGCUCCUUCUGUCAAACAAGAACCGGGCACCAAUGUUGAUUUUAUUAACAACCUCAGCUUGCUGGAAGAAAACGAAGACUUCCCCGAGCAGAAGCCGCUAGUCUUGUGCAAUGAUUUCCAGUGCCAGGAGAACUGCAUCCACCAACAGCAACAUCAGCACCCCAACCAGCAGCUCCCCCAUCAACAGCAGGUAGUCCCUUGCUCUUCUGCCUUGUCGUCCCCCGCCGGCUCAUCCUCUUCGGUUGCAGCCCAGAGGAAGAGCAGUUCCUCUCGCAGGAAUGCCUGGGGAAAUCUGUCCUACGCGGACUUGAUCACCAAGGCCAUCGAAAGCUCUCCGGAGAAGAGGCUCACCUUAUCACAGGUCUAUGAUUGGAUGGUCAAGAGUGUACCUUACUUCAAGGACAAAGGGGACAGCAACAGCUCUGCUGGAUGGAAAGUGAGUACCAUUUCAGAGUAAUUGGAGAAGCACUUGCCGUAUGUUUUGGUCCAACCUCCUUAGAAACUUAAAGUUCUUGAUCCUACUACUAAUGAAAUCUGCU